AACUUCAAGCAAGUGUGUUAAAAUGGCUACAAAUAAUUAUUUUGGUUUCACUCACGGCGGUGCUCAAUAUACUGCAGCGGCCACUGGACCAGCUUACCAAGCAACCCAGACUGGUUAUGCUGUAGCAAGUCCGGCUUCCGCAGCGGCAGCAGCAGCAACUUACGGCGCUCAGAGGCCCACUGGGUACGAGACAGCUUAUCAAGCUGCAGCAGCUGCCUCCCAGGGUACCUACGCAGCUGUGGGAACUGGUGCUACCCCUACCUACGACUACGGAUACGGUCAAACAGCAGGUUACGCUGGUGGAUACGAUCAAACAGGAGCUGGAAAAGCAGCAACUUACGCUACAACAUACACACCACGUGCUAAUCAACAACAAGCACAAGUAGCUACAAAUUCUGCAAAACCAGCCUAUACUGGGACUUACCAGGCUAACGCUACUGUUUACCAGGCGACGUACGCCCAGCCAGCUGCACAGACCACAGUAGCAGCUCAACCUACCACACAAGCUAAGAGAUACGACGCCGCCCUGUAUUCCGCUGCCACCAUGUACGUGGCCCAACAGGCGGGCGGGGGGCAGCCGAAAGGCGGAUGGCAGGGGUACAAGGGGGGCGUGGGGGCGAAGAACAUGAAGGCCAGAGUGCCGCCCAAGCCGCAGCAGCUGCACUAUUGCGACGUCUGCAAGAUCAGCUGCGCCGGUCCUCAAACUUAUAAGGAACAUCUCGAAGGGCAGAAGCACAAGAAGCGCGAAGCAGCUACCAAAAUGGCCGCCUCGGUAGCGGUGACCAGUCAAAAUCGUUCUGGCAACUCUUUGAGAUGCCAACUAUGCGAUGUAACCUGUACAGGCAAUGACGCAUACGCUGCCCACAUCCGCGGUGCCAAACACCAAAAGGUCGUGCUCUUGCACACCAAACUGGGCAAACCAAUCCCGACGCAGGAGCCGGAAGUGAUGGGCGGAGCCAAGAAGGCGGCCUCGGGCGGGUCGAAGAUCGGGUUCGUGCAAGCGGGCGGGAUGGGUGGUGCCGCGGCGGGGGCGGACAACGGCGAGGCGGAGCGAGGUGGGGACGAGGACGACACGCCCGAGCCGGACGUGCAGCCCGUCGGGCAGGAUUACGUGGAGGAGAUCAAGAGCGAUGACGGAAAGGUGAUCAGCUUCAACUGCAAACUGUGCGAAUGCCACUUCAACGAUCCCAACGCAAAGGAUAUGCACAUGAAGGGUAGACGGCACCGUUUGCAGUACAAGAAAAAAGUCGAUCCUAAUCUCGUGGUCGAUGUCAAACCGUCCCUCAGACAGAGGAAGAUACAAGAAGAGAAAAUGAGAAGAGCGGCGAUGAGAGAAGAAUUCUGGGCUCGCCGUCACUACCCUGACGGCGACGAGAGCAUGUACUGGGACGACCAUCGACGCUACGACGAUUACAUGGGCAUGGGGCCCUUCCCCAGAGGCCGGCCCUUCCCUGGAGGACCGCCGCCGUUCUUCCAAGGCGGCCGCCGCUGGGAGUCGAGCGACGACCGUCACGUGAUGGCCCGCCACGCCGAAAUCUAUCCCAAGGAGGAGGAGCUGCAAGCCGUGCAGACCGUCGUGUCGCACACUGAGCGCGCCCUCAAAGCGGUCUCCGACCAAUUGGGCGACGGCAAGGCCAAAGAGGCGGGGACAGGGGGAGGGGGCGUGGCUGCCGAGGCGGGGAAGGGGAAAGGGGAGGGGCUGAAGGAGGACGGGCGGGACAAUCAGCUGUUCUCGUUCCAACAAGACCGUGACGCCAACGCCAACAGACUGCUGAAAGGCGUUAUGCGCGUCGGCCAUUUAGCCAAAGGGCUAAUUCUGCGCGGCGAGUCCCGCGUCGAAUUGGUCGUUUUGUGCGCCGACAAACCGACGCUGACGCUCCUCAAGAAGGUGGUGGAGCAAUUGCCGUCCGCUUUGAAGAAAGUCGCCCCCGACGAGACCUACAAGGUGACCAUCAACGCUUCCGAAUCCGGUUUGAACGUGACGGGCAAAGAGAAGAACGUGCUGGUGCAAUUCACCAGUCCGGUGAUCAGGGAGCAGCCAGAAGCUGCGAGCGGCGGAUUCGACCGGGAUGUGCUGUCUCGAGGCAAGUGUCUCCAGGCGCUGGCAGCGCUCAGACAUACCAAAUGGUUCCAGGCAAGAGCUUCUGGACUGCACUCUUGCGUCAUCAUUAUUCGCAUCUUGAGGGAUUUGUGUGAAAGAGUUCCGACAUGGACACCAUUCACCUCUUGGGCCCUGGAACUGCUGGCCGAGAAGGUGAUCUCGUCCGUUCCGGGCCAGGCGCAACUAUCGCCCGGCGAAGCCCUGCGCCGCAUCAUGGAAGCGGUGGCGGGGGGGCUGCUGCUGCCCGGCGGGCCCGGAUUGGCCGAUCCCUGCGAGAAGGACAACCCGGACGCUUGCGGCGCGCUGACUGCGCAGCAGCGCGAGGAUCUGACCUGUUCCGCGCAGCACGGGCUAAGGUUGAUCGCUUACCGGCAGAUACAUAAGGUUUUGGGAAUGGAUCCUCUGCCAAGAAAAGUUAGAGACGACAGGUUCGGAAGGAAACGUCGCCGGUCUGGUGAAGAACUAGAAGGUACAGAAAGUGAUACUGGAAAAAUGGUGAAGACAGAAGUUGUUGACCCUGUGACGACUCCUGCUAAGUGAACUAUUGAAUCUUAAUAGACAAAUAUUAUUUUUUACGCGUAUUUACAUGUAUAGAAAUACUAAUCUUUUUUGGUAAUUCAUGAAUCAAGAAUGUCACUUCCUUUGUGUAGUAAUUUGUGUGACUGAGAUGAAAGGACACUCCAGAAUAAUGGCUAUUUUGGUUUUCUAUAUUCAAUCUACAGUUUACUCAUUCAAAUUUGGAUGAGAUUUUUGUGUAUGGAUUUAAGUUAAUAAAUAAUAAAGGAAUAGUU